GCUGGGUAUAUCCCGCGCAAUGUUCUAACAAAAAAAAAAAAAUCAUCUUCUCAGCUCCAAAAUUCUCUCUCUCUCUCUCUCUCGGAGCCGUCUCCACAAUUCCUCCACUCCUUGAUUCUUUUCCACCAGAGUCACGUCGUCUCCGAUCCGGGUCUCUACAGAGUCCUAACUCUGACCCGACCCGACCAACCCGACCCGACCCGAAUUCACUAAUGGGGCAACCAAAGGUCUCAACCGAUGACGGUUCAAAUCCCGGCGAACCGUGUGAAAUCUCGUCUGAGGUAUUGACUGCUGGUGAUCGGAGAUUACUUAAGGUUGAGCUUCUUCUCGAGGAGACGAAUUACGUAUCGUGGAAAAAGCUUAUGUAUGAGGCUAGCAACGAGAACGGCUUGUUUCCUUCGUCGACCAACCCGUCUCUCAAUCCUAACCCUAACUUCGAGAAUCUCCUUGCACAGAAGGCACCAACAGAAAAUGAAAUGGCUGGCCAACCUCAAGCAUAUCGUUUUAACGACGUUAUACAGAAGAUUGAGAGGCUCUACAUGGGUAGAGAUAGUAGUGAUGGGGAAGAGCUAGGUGGUGCUCCAGAUGAUGACGACUAUGACACUGAAGAUUCGUUUAUCGAUGAUGCUGAAUUGGAUGAUUAUUUUGAAGUUGAUAAUUCGCCAAUUAAGCAUGAUGGAUUUUUUAUUAGUAGAGGAAAAUUAGAACGGAUUGAACCAACAACUUCAAACCAGACACCAAAGAAAAGGCGAAGGAAAAAGUCAGCAAAACCUUGCGGCGAUGUUGUUGAUGUAUCCAGAAAACAAGCCAAGAUGGCUAAGACGGCUGGGGGAAAGGAUCAAUCAGCUGCUCCUGAGCCCUCUUUGAAGAACAUUUCCAACGAUUCAAAGACAGUGCCGGACUCAAUUCCCCAUACUGAUGAAGCGAAUCAUCAGCCAAGGAAUGCCACAAGUCCGAAGUCAAAGGCAGCUGAAUCUUCUGCCCCCCGUCAUCCAAUUUGCAGCAGCAAAAAUGCUCAUCAAGAAUCUAACUCCCUUCCAGGAAAAUCUCGACCAAAUGUUUCGGCAAAAUCAACAGUAGUCUGUCAGCAAGAAAACAGUGGCAUGCACGACCUGAACAUUCCAACAAAAAAAAGUGGUUCAAAUGUCAGACCUAAAGCCUCGACUCUUGAGAAAGCCAUCAGGGAAUUGGAGAAGGUGGUCGCUGAAUCAAGCCCUCCUGCUGCCACAGAGAAUCAAGACGCUGAUAUCUCAUCCCAAGCAGUGAAGAGGAGAUUGCCAAGAGAUGUAAAGUUGAAGCUUGCUAAAGUUGCUAGAAUUGCGCAGGGGAGCCAAGGGGAUGUAUCAGGAGAGUUAAUCAAUCGUCUCAUGAGCAUUGUUGGUCAUCUAAUACAGAUUAGAUCACUUAAGAGGAACUUGAAACUCAUGAUUGAGUCGGGUGAUAAUGCAAAUCGAGAAAAAGAUACGAGAUUUCAACAAAUCAAGAAUGAAGUUAUCGAGAUGCUAAAAACACGAAUUCCACUAAUGGAAUCACAGGCAAACAAUCAAGAAGCUGGAACGUCAGAUGAUUUUCUGGAUGUUGGCUCUGUUGGAAAGCCACCUUUGAAGAAGUUUGUCAUGGAUGCGACGCUGGAGGGGAAAUUGUGUGAUCUAUAUGACAACUUUGUUGAGGGAUUGGAUGAAGAUUCGAGUUCUCAGAUCAGAAAGCUUUAUGCAAAUCUAGCUGAACUCUGGCCAAAUAGUCUAAUGGACAAUCGUGAGAUCAAGCGUGCCAUUUGUCGGGAAAAGGAAAGGCGGAGAGCAUUGAAAGGAAACCUUGGGAAAGAGAUGGAUCAAACGGAGACAACAAAUGGGAAACAUACACAACCGGUCCCCAGUACGGAGGGUACUGUUUAUCCGGCCAAGGCUUCAGGCGUUGGAGUUAAAGCUAGUGUUGAUCUAAGUGAAACCAUCAAAUCCUUAGUCCACAGCCAACCUGACAUGUCAAAGCAGCAAGAUGAUAAACUAAAGGGAGCUUCGAACAACCCUGCAGCAAAAGGAAAGACAGUCAGAAGAAAGAAAAAACCAGAUCGAAAAGAACCUCACUUGCCUGCAGAGAAACAUCUGGUUCUGGGCUUGAAGCAGCAGACACAUCCCCAGACCAAAGCACAGGCUCCUCCAGACCUAAACCGGCCAAGUUAAAGUACUCCGGCUUAGUUUUUGAUAAGGUUUUUUUGUUUGGGUCAAAGUCUGGCUCUAACGUUGCCUUUAUUCUUGGUAGGUUACUAUCGCUUAUCAUUUUUGCGCCUAGCUAUGAGUUUCUAGUCGUUUCUCACGUAGAAGACGAAGUCCUCUCUCCUCUGUACAAAAUAAAACUCUUUAAGAGAAGCUCGGUUUCUUUGCAGUCGAUUCCAAAAAUGAAGAUAUAUAUAUUAAUUGGCAAAAUAUCUUUAAACGUAAAAUAUUUUCUGUGUUGUUAAAAUUGUAGUCAGACUCAUUAUUUUCG